AUGUCGUUCUCACAUCCCCGAAGAACUACAAAGACCACAUCUACUGCUGUGACUCCUCUUGCGAAUGCGUCAGGCCGUCCAACAGUUAAUAAAACUAUGGAUUCCCUUCGCAAAGCUGCCACCUUUCACUCACCUUCUUCUUCUACGAACGAGGUCGAAAGCCCUUUCAACCUCUCAUCUCUUCAACGUUCAUUAUCCAAUCUUGAAUAUCACGCUGUCGAAUCACACAAACGUCGUGCUGCCGAUGUUAUAGAAUCAUUCGACUUCACCGCCGCCGGCAAUCAAUCUCCUUCUACAUCAAGCCGACAUUUCCGUGACGAGUCUGAUCCUGUUCCUCGAGGUGUCGUCAACGUCGAGAACCCUUCCACCAAACAAUACAAUACACCAUUGAUGGAAGGCGUCAUGCCAUCAGAGAUCUCUUCCGUUAGACGUUCAUCCCGUCCUCGUCGCACUACAAACCGAUACGCAGACAGUGGUCUUGGGUCAUCGAUCGGGCCAUCGUCAAUGGAUAAAGAUGUAUCUACCAACGACAAUGCUUCCAAAUCUACGAAGCCAUCAACCAUAACUAUGUCGGCUGCUGCUCCCUCUGCAACCAUCAAGCGUCUCCCUAGACUCAGUGCUCGUACCACCGAUCGCAUUCAAGAGCAUAUUCUGAAGCCACUUUUGGCAAAGAAGUCUUUCAGAGACUUGCAUCCUCUCGUCGAAGAUUGUCCAAGACGAAUUCAUCAGAAGGAGAUCGUAUGUCUUCGUGACCUGGAGAAGACCUUAAUUUUUACAGCACCGGUAAGUGAAAUCCAUCAUGAUGUCGCCUGGGGAGUUGCUCACUGUUUCUCGCGAUUGAAGAAGUACACAAAGAGCGCCACCUUGUAUCUCCACUUUUGCCUAGAGUCGAUUCGGUGUAUUCAGGCUACUGUCGAACUUGUGAAUGAACGCGAGCAAAUUCGACCCAACGAUCGCCCAUAUACUAACGGAUACUUUGUCGACCUCGUCGAACAGAUUAAGCAGUACGCUGAACAGGUCCGGGAAGCCAAGGAGAAGGAGGAGAAAGGAGAGACUUUUGACGAGAUGGAUGCUCACCCGUCGGAUGAGGUCAAGCUUCACGGCGGCCUAACCAGAAAUGGUCGACCUGCUGAACUUGUCCGUGUCAAUAAGAAGACUGGCAAAGCCGUUUCUAUCGCCACCGGCAAACCAGUCGAUAUGGACGAUGAUGACAAUAAGUCUAUGAGACUCAAGCGGUCUUUGAGCGCGGAAGCCGAAGAUGAAGAGUCGGUGAUGAGAUCGAUGGCUCGUCGUAAGAAGGAUGCCUCUGCUGCUGAGCUCGCUCCUAAAUUUUGUCGGGAACCUGGAUGUGACAAAUCGUUUAAGCGUCCAUGUGAUUUGACAAAACAUGAGAAGACCCAUUCUCGCCCAUGGAAAUGUCCCAUCACUUCAUGCAAGUACCACGAAUAUGGUUGGCCAACCGAGAAGGAAAUGGACCGUCAUCAAAAUGACAAACAUUCAGCUGCUCCUCCCCUAUACGAAUGUCACUUCAAACCGUGUCCAUACCGAUCGAAACGUGAGUCAAAUUGCAAACAGCACAUGGAGAAAGCACAUGGAUGGGAGUACGUUCGAUCCAAGAACAACGGAAAGAACAGACCCGCUGCACCGGCUGUCAUUCCCAACGGUCUUCCAACCCCUCAAGCCACCAUCAUCCAUACUCCAGGAAGCGACUCCAAUCUCGAAUCUCCGCUUAUUGCUGACGAUGAGAUGAUCUAUGAGAACACCUCAUUGUACACCACAAAUCACAGCAUGGACUUCUUCCCGGCAUUCCCCACCGAGAUGAACAUGUUCCAACCUCCACAAUCGUUGAACAUUGAAUAUUCUCCCGUGACCGAUAACUCUUACUCCACCGAUGGUCACUCGCCAUUUGAUGCAAACUCUCCCUUUAAUCCUGCAUCUGUUCUUGGUGCUCAAGAACAAUUUCAAGAGAGUAUGCAGUCAUAUCAAUCAAACAACGAUGAGUGGGCAGCUUAUGAGCAAACUGAUCUGUACAGCGCUCCAGCUCAAAUUCAAAUGCCCUCCAACCAUCAAAUCUAUCAAGAGAUUAUGGGUCAAAAUGCCAUGACAUUCGAGACAUCUGGUGUCACAUAUCAAACACAACACCAACAACACUCAGAGCCCAUGGCACACAUUUCACCAAUCGGCGAAGGUAACACAAUGCUAUACACACCAAAGUCUAUGCAAGACUUUGAUGAAGGCUUUGAAGACUUUGCUCCAAGCAACACUCGCGUGACCACCAAUGGUGUCCAGGAUUUCCAACUUUUCUCUGCACCUCAGCAAAGACACAAUAGCAAUCCUGUCCCACUUUUCGGUGAACUAAUUCCUCAAGCACCACUCGGAUUCCCUGGCAUCCUUCCCCAAGAUUUGAUUGCAUUUUAUGCUCAAACUGCAGCCAAUUCCGCUGCUGGUACUAGCAAUCAUCAACCGCAAAACCACUACCAAAAUCAUCACCAUCAUCAGCAACAGCAACAGCAACAGCAACAGCAACAGCAACAUUUGUCUCAAAAUAUGAAUAUGACGAUGGAUUGGUCUUCUGAUGAAUAUGGUUAUGGCAGUCAUUAA